AAUCCUUCCUCAAGAAAAUGAGACAGUGUCACCAAACGAUAAAAAUAAACAUCUUGUGAAGCUUUCUUUCUCAAACAUAUUGAUUCAGUUCUCUAUGGCUCCAUAUUCUUCUCACUUCCUAUGGAAUAUGUUUUUGUUCAACGUUCUUAUCUUAUCCACCGUCUCAUGUACAACUGGAUGCUACACAUCAAUCUUUAGCUUUGGCGAUUCACUUGCCGAUACUGGAAACUCAAGGAACUUGUCACCGCCGGAUAAUCUUCCCCACUAUUCCUUUCUUCCUUAUGGAGAAACCUUUUUUCACCACCCUACCGGACGUUGCUCCGAUGGUCGUCUCGUCAUAGAUUUCAUUGCUGAAUAUCUUGGUCUUCCAUUUGUGCCACCAUAUUUUGGAGGAAGCAUGGAAAGUUUCAAAGAGGCCGGUGUCAAUUUUGCCGUGGCGGGUGCUACGGCGCUUGAUGCUGCCUUUCUUCAAGAAAAGGGACUCGCGAAGCUUGUGACCAAUAUUUCUUUGGUUGUUCAGCUGGGUUUGUUCAAAGAAUUAUUGCCGUCUCUCUGCUCCACGCCUUCAGACUGCAAGAAGCUACUUGGCGAGUCCCUCAUUCUUUUAGGAGAGAUCGGAGGAAAUGAUUACAACCAUCCAUUCUUCGAAGGAAUUAACUUUGAGACUAUUCAAGAUCUUGUACCUUAUGUUAUUAACACCAUAGGUCUAGCCAUCAAGGAGCUAAUUCAACUAGGGGCAAUAACAAUAUUGGUUCCUGGAAAUCUCCCGAUCGGUUGCUCCCCAUCUUAUCUAACAUUAUUCGAGGGUUCAGAUAAAAAAGACUAUGAUCAUCUUACUGGAUGUCUCAACUGGCUCAACAAAUUCGCUCAAGAACACAAUGAACAACUAAUUAAAGAACUAAAGCGUAUCCAAAAGCUUCAUCCUCAUGCCAAAAUCAUUUAUGCAGAUUAUUAUAAUGCAGCAAUGCCUUUUUAUCACUCACCAAAUCGAUUCGGAUUUACGGGAGGCGUUCUCAAAUCAUGUUGUGGCUGGGGAGGAAUGUACAACUACAAUUCAUUAGUUAAAUGUGGCAACCCACUUGUGAGUGUUUGUGAUGAUCCUACCUCAUUUGUGAACUGGGAUGGUAUACACUAUACGGAAGCAACUUAUAAAUUAAUUUUUGAAUCUAUAAUAGAGGGCUCAAAUUCCUAUCCAUCUUUCAAAGCUUUCUGUAAUUUAAAUCACAAUGAAAUGUAAAUUAAUAUCAACAAUUAAUAAAGUAUGAUCUUUUUCAUUCA